AUCAUCGUCCAGGCUCUUGAUGGCUCGAAAGCAUAUUCCUUGCCAGUUGUUCCCCGUCAGCUGACCCGUCUGAAGCUCUCAGAAGGACUCGCUCCCUCUUCAGAUCAGUGACGAGUAUUUGUAUAGACUACAUCAAAGGCAACAGUUACUUUGUUGUGAACUUGAGAAAAGAAAUCUCAUGAGUGUGAACUUCGGAAAAAAAGGAAAUCUGACUAGAUUUAGGAAAGUGAUCUUUUUGAACCAUAAGAAUAAGAAGAAAUACCUCGACAUAAUCAUAAUUUAAUACGGCCCCCAAGGGACUGUCAACCAUCUUGACCUUCGGUCACUUCGUCGUUGUAUGUGACGUCAUAUUCGGGACGCCCUGCGGAGGAGUCUCGGCCCCUCUGCACCCCUUCAGGAGAUAUUAUGCCUGUUCCCGUAGCACGUGUGUCCUCGCCGACAGAUCCUCAAGCUCUGUUCCGGUAUCCCACGCCUCUCCCCCUGCCCCCCGCAAAGAAAGGCGAUAGGUGUGAACAGCAGCACCGCCUCACACCCGAGCCUCCUGCUGCAGUAGUCGAGAACCGAGCUCUGUCUCCAGAUAACUACGCGGUGGUCGCCGUUUUACCCCAGAGCCCCUCCAUCAUCCACCCCUACACGUCGUGUCCCUCCCCGGUCAUCAACGUCUCCUACCAGGCGGACUUAGACUGUCGAAGCCCAAGUCCUUUCGAAGCGGCUGCUUCUCCCGAAGGGUCCUCGUCCGUCCUGUCCGGUUCUCCCUUCGAGGUUUUGCCCUCCCCGAGCGUCCACUCGUCAGCGCCCCCAUCGUCAGUGCCGUCUCUUGUCGUGUCUCCCAGCGAUCUCGUCGCCGAGGGAGAGAGGCGACUGCCGAGUUUUUGGUUGACGCAGCCCACUCCUACUCCGUCGUCCCUUUCGUCGACGUCCUCGUCUUGGGGCUUGCGACUGUCCCCCGAGACUUCGAACUCCAGACCAGGCUCGGUCUCUUCAGUUUCCACAGCGCCUCCUUCAUCGUCGUCGUCGGCGGCGUCCUAUCACAGCUGCACUAGUGGCCCUUCAUGCGACGGGUCGGUCAGAGCGAAGGUCUCCGUGAAGAGCAACUCUCAGCAGACUACAGUAGCAACCACCGGUGGCAGUUGGUUCGGCUGCGGUCGGAAGUCCAGCAUGUUGGGGAUGGUGGUGGCGGCCGUAGGUAAUUGCAUGCGAUCCGUAGAGCCCGCCCAGAGGAACCUCAUUGAUGAGCCCGAAUUUGUGGCCGAGGCUCAGGAAGACGCCAUCCCAACCCCUGCGAAUGUCCGCAGCAGGGUUGAGGGCACCGUUCAGGAGAGGAGGGAUGGAUGGGGGACCGGUAGCGCCCCUGGCAGCAACGUCGGUGGACGUAAUCUGUGCAUCAUAGAGGAAUACUCAGGCUUCGCGGAGUCGUCUUCCAGCGGGAAUGCUUCUCACUCGAGGGAUAUACCGAUUAUCCACCAGACCGUCUUAGAAGAGGAGGGAGAGACUAUUCACAACAAUAACAACGUGAAACACAAGAAGAACAGAGGGAAAAAUGGCGGGGGCUCCUCCGCCAGUCGCCGCCCCUUGAUCUUGAUGUUUGGCUCACAGAGGUCGUCCUCUGUCCCCUCCUGUUAUGGUUACGGAAAGAGGUCCAAAUCAAAUUCAGGUGUUGUACACGAGGUACCCCGAAUAGGCAGUGAUGGGGAAAGCGAGGAAGCGUCAGGGGCCAGUGAUGAAGUCACUUCACCAGUUAAUGUUAAACUCAGGCAGAAAAAUAGACGUAUCACGCAAGAGGAUAUCAACAAACGUUUAUCACUACCAGCUGAUUUACGAGUGCCAGAUGCAUUCCUACAGAAGCAAUCCAUUAGUCCGGAGGGUCCACUCAGCAGAUCCUCACGAAGACAAUCCUUAUCAGAAAUUGGUUUUGGUCGCAUGGAAACCUACACUAAACUAGAUAAGUUAGGAGAGGGCACAUAUGCAACUGUGUACAAAGGACGAUCACGGCUAACGGAUAAUUUAGUUGCUCUCAAAGAAAUAAGGUUAGAGCAUGAAGAGGGUGCACCAUGUACAGCAAUCAGGGAGGUGUCUCUUCUUAAGGAACUCAAGCAUGCUAAUAUUGUAACGUUACACGAUAUAGUUCAUACGGAUAAGAGUUUAACCCUUGUCUUUGAGUAUUUAGACCGUGAUCUCAAACAGUACAUGGAUGAAUGCGGAGCACAAUUAUCACUGAAUAAUGUUAAGAUCUUCCUGUUUCAGUUACUACGAGGAUUGGCGUAUUGCCACCAACGCAGAGUUCUACAUCGUGAUUUAAAACCCCAGAAUCUCCUCAUAAAUGAUCGAGGCGAAUUAAAGUUAGCAGAUUUUGGUCUAGCACGGGCAAAAUCUGUCCCAACAAAGACUUAUAGUAACGAAGUAGUAACGUUGUGGUACCGGCCUCCUGAUGUUCUCUUAGGUUCAACUGAGUAUUCAACCCAAAUUGAUAUGUGGGGUGUUGGAUGCAUAAUGUAUGAGAUGAUCAGUGGAAGGCCACUAUUUCCUGGUGCCACAGUAGAAGAUGAACUUCAUUUAAUAUUUCGCACGUUAGGUACUCCUACAGAGAACACUUGGCCUGGAAUAAGCACUAAUGAAGACUUCUUACAGUAUUCAUUUCCAACUUACAAUGGAGAACCAUUACUUGCAAAAGCUCCUCGACUUGCUCAAGAUUCUGCACUUGGACUUUUAACAAAGUUCCUUUUGUAUGAGGCUAAGAAAAGGAUCUCAGCUGCUGCUGCACUGAAACACCCAUUUUUUGAGUCAUUGGGCCACACUGUACAUACCUUGAAAGACCCCCUAGAAUCCUGAAUGUAAACAAGAGGACUCCAUUUUCUCAUGUCCUGGACUGAUGCUUACUCGGGAUCAUAACCAUAAAGUGACGAAUGGUGGCCAGGCCAAGAGCAGACGCCAGAGUAUGCAUUUUUGAAAUUUGCCAAAAAUACCUCCACACCGAUUCUGGAUUAAGGACCAAUGAAAGGCCUUGGACAUUGAAAACAUGGGGCCCCUGCAUAACUACAGACUUGAAAAAUGAAAUAUGAAAUAGUGUAAAUGAAAUGUACUUUCAGACUUCAAUAUUUCUCAAACAUUCCUAAUGAAACACUCAAGAAAGUAUAUUCCUUAGAACUGGAAUAAAUGUUUUGAAACAACUGUGUACAUCAGUUUUGAUCAGAAGCUCACCCACUGACAAUGGUCAGUGGAAUGAUGGUUCGAUCAUAAAAGCCCCUAGGUGAUGUUAUGCAUUGGUGAAAAAUGGGAGGACAUUUAGGUGUUCACUACUGUAUCAGUAGACUAUCUUUGCCAGUUUAGCAGGGUUUCUAGAACCUUUAGUUUCAUCCAUAAUCUUUCAAAUGUUUAGUAAUAUUCAGUCAUUUCAGUUUAGAUUCAGAUCAAAACCCUCCAAAAAGUUUAAUAAGAGUCAUACUGACAGUUUCCUGUAAAUCACAUUCAAAAAGUUGAUCACCAUUGUCGGGUAGUGUGAUCUGCUGGUCAGAAUGAAACAAUACUGCCGACUCUUGGAAGUGAUUAUCUUUUUGCUGCUCUAUAGAAAUGGAGGAAGGAAACAUUUAUACCAUAACCUGUCUCCCUACAUAUUCACCACACAGGAUUUAUUGACAGUAAUGAAACAGCUGUGAUGAUUCGCUCAAUUUACAUAUGAAAUUUGUAAUAAUGUAUUGUUUGUUCUAUGUAAAAGGCAAGCAUCUGGACAAUAACAUCACUAAGAUUCUGGCUAGAAAUUUGUAUGCAUUGAUUUGUUCUUGAAGGGCAAUAAAGAUAAGUGAUUCAAUAUGAUGUUGAUUUUGCCCUAUUACUCUCAAUCUCAUGGAUUUCAUAUAAACCUUAUGUGCAAUUUAUAGUACUUCAAUUUCUUGUGCUGGAUUAUUAUUACCAAGCAAUUUUCAUUCUUUCAUUAAUAUUUUUGGUUGCCGUACAGGCUCUUCCUAAUAGUAUAUUAUGUUGAAGAUUGUGAUAUAUGACUUGUUAAAAGUACCUUAUGAAAUGUCCUUGGUUGACACCUAGAAAUUUAUUUUGAUACAUUUUCCCUGUAUAUGUUAUGUGGACAUAGUAAAUUCAAUUCAGACUCUUGUACCUGACAAAAUCUGUUUUAUACUGUUUGAGUUGGUACAAUGUGACUGAUUCCUGGUUGUCAUCAGGUUUAUUGUCUGCAAUAACUCUUUGGUUGUUCAUUACCUUAGAGGUUUAGCUGUCACAUGAACAAUUUAAAUCUCAAGUACUUAAUGUUUAAUAUGUAUAGCAAAAGCUAAAAAGAAUAGAUGAGCGUACAUUUACUACUAUGAUAUGCCCUUCUGUCUUUAGCUACAUCAUUGAUAGUGACAUACUGAGGAUUGUUUUAGACUAAAAUAAAUAGCUCAUGCAUUCCAAACUGCUUUCAUACACUGAACCUUCUUACUUUUGUAUAAUCUUUAUAUUUUUGUUUGGCAUUUUUUCUUCUGGACUUGGCUAUAUUUAGUGCCAAUUUCUUGUCUAGGUUUAGCCAUACUGAUGGCUAUUGAUGCAUAAACUACUGUAUUACACUUUUUCACUUGACAAACAUGAACAGCUCAAUACCUCAAGACUUUGUCCGACACAACCUGUGCAUUGAUCUGGAAUUUCAACAAUAAUAAUUACACAAGGUAAGAUUUUAAGCCUUAUUUAAGCAGGUGAGAUGGACAUUUUCAUAAUUAUUAUGCAUUGAAAAUGCAAUUUUCCGUUACAAGAAACCACAGACAUUCUCUGCAUAUGGGACAUAAAAAAAGUAUUUCUUUAUGGGCAGCAGAAUAUUAAAUUUGCCAACAAUCAUAAGGAUGAACCAAGUCUAUUUUUAACAGGUGUCUGACUACUGUAUAUUUUCAACUAUUUUAUCAUAGGUUGAAGAAUGGCAUGACAUGUGUCAAUGAUGUGUCCAAAAUGAAUAAAUAAAACUUUCAA